AUUUACUCUCUUUCCAAAACCCUAUUUAAAAACAACCAUAACCCUCUUGGUUCUCCCAUGCAAUACUUGUCUUUCUUUCUUCUUCUCCAACAUCACUAUCCCUUCCCCAUUCCUUGUUGGAAGCUAGUCACUCCUUAGUGCACCUAUCUCCAUAUCCUAUUUCAAUUUGUCUUUGAAAUUUCCAUACAUUACAUUUUCUAUACCAAAUCACUAAGAUUAAGGUCACAUAUAUAUCCAAAACUAAAGUAGUAUAGUAUAUUUGUUUUCUAGGAUUCACCUAGGCUUGAAAUUAUUGAAUUUUAUAAAGAUGUCUAGUAGGAGGUCGCGGUCACGGCAAACAAGUAGCUCGAGGAAUAUCACCGACGAUCAGAUCCAUGAUCUUGUCUCCAAGUUGCAGCAACUUCUUCCUGAGAUUCGCAAUAGGAGCUCUGACAAGGUUUCAGCUUCGAGGGUAUUGCAGGAGACUUGCAACUAUAUUAGAAACUUGAACAGGGAAGUCGACGACCUAAGCGAGCGUUUGUCUGAGCUAUUGGCUACAACAGACACAGCACAAGCAGCAAUAAUUAGAAAUUUACUUAUGCAAUAGAUUUUUCUUGUUUCAUUAUUUUUAAUUAGCACUCAAGGACUUUGUGACCUGAUGUAUUUCUUCUUCAUUUUCGUACUUCAGUUUUAAAUUUGUAUUUCCUAAUUUCAUCCACUUAAUGCAAGUUUUCUAGUUUAUGUUUUUUUUUACCUUUUUGGGAGGUACAAAGACAAUAUUAUAAAUCAUUACCAGUUAUAUUGUCUUUGUCUUAUGUGCACGAGUAAAAUAGUCUUGUACCAUGCAUAAAUAGUAUGUUUUUUAUUAUUAGAUCGAUAAGUCUCAUUUAUCUCGUAUUAUUCAAUGGUGGAAUAUAUUUAUUCAAUGAU